AACGUUGGGCAGAAGAAGAAGAAGAGCAAGCAGAAGCAUUAGCGCUCCUGCAUUCUUUUCUUGAAUUUUCACCUGGAAAAAUCAGUCGGAAGAGUGGAAAAGCGCGUGUAAAGGUGGGUGGAGUGAGCGAGAAGUUGUGUAUAAGUGGAUGGAGUGUCCAAAAUGCCAUUAAAUGUGAGUGAGAGCGCUUACAAGUGUCCCAUGAAAACUCCAAUGGUGGCUCAUGUCCAGUUCAUGUAACACAGUGGUGCACAAUUGGAUUUAGUGAAGCGGAAUGGGUGGGUGCAUAAGUGUGAACAGGAACACUGAAGGUGAAACGUUUGAUGCUUCGACACCGUCACGUCCAGCCACAGGUCCGGGAAUCGUGCCAACGCGAAAGAACUAUCCUCUGUGCCAUGAGAUCAUCCGCUGGAAGAGCGACGUACCAUUGACGGAAGGGCAACUGAGGAGCAAACGUGACGAGUUCUGGGACACGGCGCCGGCCUUCGAGGGGCGCAAGGAGAUCUGGGAUGCUUUGAGGGCGGCCACAGUGGCCGCCGAAGCGCUGGACUUUCCCAUGGCCCAAGCCAUCCUCGACGGUGCCAAUGUGUCUGUGCCCAAGGGCAACCUGACUGAAUGCUACGACGAGCUGGGCACGCAGUACAAGGUGCCCAUUUACUGCCUCUCAUACCCAGUCAACAUUGUCAAGGAGGACAACGGGAGGGAUUCACCGGCAGAGUAUUCGGAGCCCGUGGACGGCGGCGCUGAGGUGGUGCUGAAGCUGAGACUCAGCUCCACCUGCACAGACGUGAAGUUGUCCGUCUACUCCAAGGACACCAUUGGCCAGUGCAAGAAGAAGCUACAGAGUCAGGAGGACAUUGAUGCGUGCUGCCAACGAUGGUUCUACGGCGGUAAGUUGCUUGGCGACAAGAUGCAGGUGGAGGAAGCCCAUAUUCAGCCUGGUUACGUUGUCCAAGUGAUUGUCAAUACGGAACACUAUCGGCAUGGGACGAAUAGCUAGCCAAAAUCGGUGAUACAGUUAAUUUAUUUCUAUUUUAUACUGUGAAAUGGCAAAUUCAAUCAUUUUUAGAUGUUCUCUCUGCGACUGUCGCAAGAAUCACACCUUUCCUUACCUCACCACAUCUAAUCAUACCCAAUCGCCCCAAUAACCUGAGUCACAGAGCUUGAUUCUCAUCUUGAGCUGUGAGACAAGCCCAAUUAAUGACAGAGAGAUCGAUAAAUGUGUAUGAUUUCUGGAAAUCUUCCUAAAAUAAUAAGUAUUCGUAAAGUAUUCUAAUAUUUAACCGAAAGGUAAAAAGGGCAUUACGACACACCGAAAGAGCGAAGAAACAAGGUGAACAUAUUGAACAUAUCCCAUUGAAAGCGAGUAAAAAAGAAACGAAUCCAUCACAAUUGGUUUAAUCGAUUUUUUCAUCACAAACACUUCAUAAAUACCAAACAUUAAUGAUAAUAAUGUACUGUUUAAUGAAUUACUUUCGGGCUCCACACAAUUUUCUCACUCAGUGAAGGAAGUGUAGUGAAGUAAUGUGUGAAAAAUCAAUAAAUCAGAUAUAAUUGAAUGUUUUACUAUAGACAAACUGACGAAUAUGAAGAAAAAGCAUAUUAUUAUGGAGCAAAAUAGAAACAUUCCAGUGAAUUUAAUUGUCGAUUGUAUGUAGUUAAAUUGCAGGAGAGAAAGAAUACCAGAAAAUUAAAAGGGGAAAAUUGCUGGAAUUGCAGCAUUUUACCGUCCCAUAUGGACAAUAAAAAAAAAUUGAGAGGAUGAAAUGUGUUAAUUCACUGCUUGAACACCAAGAAGAAUGCAUUCUAGAGACUUUCAUCGAAAAAAAAGAAGAAAAUAUAAGAAGAAUGAAAAAUACUCUCAGGACAUUAG